AUGCCCGACCUCCUCGACGCCCCCACCCUCUCCCUCAUCCGCCGCGUCCUCUGCGCGCACGCGCCGCCCACCCAACCCCUCUCCUCCCUCCUCCCGCCCAUCACAAAGCACCCCGACAUCGACAUGCAGCUGUACGCCCUCCUCGCCAUCGUCUGCCGCGACUACAUCGACACCUGGUACACGGGCAUCAGCAGCGACCGCGAGUUCAUCAGCGAGGUGGUCAAGGUCGUCGCAGACGUUGUGGCCGAGGUGGAGAGGCGGGUCGAUGGUAUUGAUAUACCCCUCCUACUCCUCGACGAGCUCCCCGCGCUCGUAACACGCCACAUCACGGACCACCGGCUCGCGCAUGCCCGCGCUGGCACGGUGAGCCACCACACCCCCGCGGAGCUGUUCCACAACCUGCAGCCCCACCCGGCGCUCGCGAGCGCGGAGGCGACGCAGCAGUACAACAAGCUCCUGUCCCACGCACUCCUCGACGCCCUGCUGCCGGUGCAAAAGCUGCAGAGCCCCUGCGCGAGGACAUUUGUGCGCGACCUGCUGGCGGCGAUGGCGGUCGGCGGACUGGUCGAGAAGAUGAGCGAGCCGGCGAUGCUACACGGGCUCAUCACCAGUCUGCUAGCGCGGCCUCCUUCUCCCCCCCCUCCCCCUCCUCCUGCUGCGCCGCCGCCGCCGCCGCCGCCGCCGGAACCGAGGCCACUGCACCACCAACAAGCACGCGCAAAAACACCCUCCAUCCGCAUCCCGCCAGCGCUCGAAUCCGCCCUCUCGGCCAUGCUGCUGCUCCUCCUCGGCUUCAAGGCCUUCGCCGUCUCGCUCCUACACACCCUACACACGCCGCCGCCGCCGCCGCCGCGGCCGCCGCGCGCAAAAAAGCCCUUCCUGGCCAUGGCCGCCGUGCGCCUGCUGCCCGUCUACCUCGGCGUCCCGCUGCUGCAGCCGUGGCUCUGGGGCAUCCUCUGCCUGCUGCUGCGCCCGCUCACCACCGGCCGCAUCGGCGCCGCUGUGGACGGGCUGAUCGCCGACGCUGUCACGGGCGGCCUCGAGAGCAGCGUGGUGGCCGAGGCGCUCUGGCGGGCGAGGGGUCUGCUGUUCCCCGGGAAUGCGCCGAUGGGUGCUGGGGGCGCGCCGGUGGAUGUGGCGGCUGUGAGGAGGCGGGCGGUGGAUGUGCUUGUGGAGCGGGUGCCGGAGGCGGUGUGGGGCGUGUGGGUUGGGGAGGACGGGGAUAAGGAGGGGAGGAGGAGGUGGGUGGGGGAGUGGUGUGUGGAUGUGUGGGGUGAUAAGGAGGUGAAUAGGCAUUUGUGGUACGCGGUGCUGGAUUUGCUGGUGGGGAGGUUGGUGCCGGAGCUGGUGGAGGGGCCGAGUGUGGUGAAGGGGAAGGAGGGGUAA